ACGGAAAAUUACCCGCGUUUUUGCUUGUGUACCGAUGAAAAAGUUGCGUAUUUUCACGACAAAAAAACGUCGUGUGAUAUUUACGGACUCAUCUGUCUUGUAAAAACACAACAAUUGUCGUCUUUUUCAAGACUUUUUUUUAGAGAGUUUACCACCCGUAAUUUGCGAUUUAUAAAUAGCCGCGCGUAGAGAACGAGAGUCAAGACUUCUUGUAUUUUCUCUCAAACGAUUUCACGAUGCUGGAAAAAUUUAUCAACAACGAUGAUGGAAUUGAAAUUGACAACAAAUUUAUCAACGUUUUAGCCUACAUACAAAGGUGUACAUAGGCUUAUAGCCCUUCACAUUUCAUAAUUUCCCGUGCGUCAAGGCCAUUUGUUUGGGGUUUUACACACAUGAGUUUGACAUUAUUAAAGAGAUAACUGCUGUGCGUUUCGUUGACUUAACAGCAUAUCUUCAAUCUUAUAUUGAUUCUACCCAAACAACUCACUGCUGAUUUUCCCUUUUCUAUCUUUUUUGUUUUGUGUAACUAGAGGCAAUAAGUAGAUGGGUUUUCCCUUAAGGUAUUAGAUUAAGGGCUAUUUUUGUUUUAUUUUUGUUAUGGCGCAUGUUGGUUUAGCUAUGCUUUUUCUGGGGGUCCAACCUGUGACUGUGCAAGGCGGUUGCCAAUCAGAUUCCGUCGAUAAAAUUAACGUAUCAAGAGUCACAUAUAAGUCCGUAAAGAACAAAUCGUAAAAACCAAUUGGGAAAACCCAGUAUAACCUAAGCCUCAGAAAGAUUUGACCCACGACUGCAGUCCGAUUUAACAAACAGUUUGGAAAAUAUAUAUUGGGUUUCCUUGGCUUAUCUUGAAAAUUUUCCUGGUUUUGCGUAUAGUGGUAGUGAAAAGAACAAGAGCAACACUUCCCCUUCUUAUUAAUAAAAAAAGGAAAGAAUCGGGACUUUUCAGAGCUCCAUUCUUUUAUUCAACUGUUCCUUUCAAGUUUGAUCAAACAAUUUUAAAAUGUUGAAAACUACUUCUCUUUUGUCUCGUCGUUUCCUUCUUUCUUCGGCCGCCAGUGCUGAGCAGGAUGUCAGGCAAAUGGCCACAGCUUCCGAACUGGCCCGUCAAAGGAGAUCCUUGCAGGGCCGUGUGGGUGUCGUCACCGCAUCCACCAAUGGAAUGGGGUUCGCCAUGGCCCAGCGUUUGGCCGUCGAUGGAGCUCACGUUGUCAUUAGUAGCCGCAACCAGAAAAAUGUUGACGAAGCUCCUGCCAAGUUGAAAAGCGAAGGUCUGUCCGUUUCGGGAAUGGUUUGUCACGCCGGUGACAAAAAAGAUCGGACAAGACUCCUGGAAAAGACAGCGGCAGAAUUCGGAGGUUUCGAUAUUUUGAUUUCCAACGCCGCAGUAAAUUCCGGUUCAGGCUGUCUGAUGAAAUGCACUGAGGAAGUUUGGGAUAAGAUAUUCGACGUCAACGUCAAGUCUUCGUUCUUCUUGUCUAAAGAAGCUCUUCCGCCCAUGGAAAAGAGAGGCAAAGCCUCCAUUAUGUUUGUUUCGUCUGUUGCUGGAUAUAUUCAAAAUUCCGCGGUUGAUUUUAUGGGGGCUUACGCUUCGAGCAAAACAGCUCUUCUAUAUUCUGAUUCUGAUUCUGAUUUGAAUUCUGAUUCUAAUUCUAAUUUUUUUUAUGAUUAUAAUUCUGAUUCUGAUUCUUUUUAUGAUUAUGAUUGUGAUUAUGAUUCUAAUUCCGAUUGUAAUUCUGAUUUUGAUUCUGAGCAUUGGAAUUGCCCGUAUGGAAAUGUCCCAAAUAAUCAUACGAUAAAUCAUGCAUUCCACGCGAUUGUAUAUGAUUAUUGACAAGUUUUCCUGACUAAUUUUCGUGUUUUUUCCGAAAAACAUUCUUUUUUAUCAUGUGAAAUAAUUUCAAAGUCCAGGAUCUGAUCUCAAUUUAAUCACGCCAGUGAAAAUCAGGAAUACAUCAAUAAUAAAUCACGAAUAACAAUGUAUUUCAUCCUGGCGAAUGCUGAACAUGGCAUUGAGUUUCAUCCUGAUUUAUAUUUUACAAACAUAUUUUGUUAUUACCUGUUGAUUCAUCACUCAUUAUUGGUUGAUUUAAUAGACGUAACUUUCAAAAUGAUUUUUUGAUUGAUUUAAUGAUGAUUCAUCUUACAGUUAAUUUUUUAUCACAAAUUUAAAUCCUGAUUAUAUUUCUCUGUUCAUCAUUGAUUAUUCGGUUAUUUAUUCCAUUACGUUUGAAGUGUUAAAGCCCUGAUUAUUGGGGAAUUUUAGUCAUGAUUUUAAUCGAUUUUAAUACUGAUUUUAUCACUGAUUAUUCGGCCAUUGCAACCCUGAUUUAUGAUUGAUUAUAUGUUCAUUUUAACUGUCAUAACUGGUACAACUGUGAUUUUAAUCCUGAUGUAAUUCCUGAUUUUAUUGUGAUUUUCGCAAUGAUUCGGCAUGAUUUUGUUCUCUAUGAUUAUUUCAUGACGAUUUGGGACAUAAUCAAAUUGAAAUCUACUGAUUUAAUUGUGAAUUUAGCUUGAAUUUUGAAAUGAUUUAUAAGCAAGUAAAAGCUUGAUUAUUACACUGUAAUUUUACUGGCCUGAUUAUUAAAUGAUUUAAAUCCUGAUGUUUUCUAUGAUUUUGGCAUUAAUUAUUGGGUGAUUUUAGACAUGAUUAAUUUUGGAAUCAACUGGUUGCUUGAUUUUAUCCAUGAUUCUUACCAUGGAUUUAGCGAUGAUUAUAGAGCCAUGAUAUGAGCGCUGAUUACUAUGUUGUGACUUAAUCAUGAUUAUAUAUUCAAAAACCGUUUCCCGCACUAGUCUAACCAACUUUAUUACAUGACAAUGUCUCUUUAGCUGAGUGGUCUAAAGCGUCAGAUUUUCAGGUUGUAGUCAAGGGUUCGAAUCCAGAAAAGUUUUACAUUUUUAGCGUGCCGUUCACGUGGUACGGCAUUAUCCAUGUAUAAUAAAAGAACAAGCUUUUGUGGGAGGAGCCUGUGUCUGUCACGAACAUUUUGGGGGAGGAGCCUGUGUCUGUUACGGACAUUUGGGGUAGGGGCUUAUUCAUGUCCCAAUGCACAAACGCUGUGAUUGGUCAGUCGCAAAUCACCACCAGAUGUCUAUAGUAUCGCUAUGAUGACGCAAUCUUUGAUGACUAAACGACCAGAUUUUCAUCACCACCAGAUGUCUAUACCAUCGCCGUGAUGACGAAAUCUUCAAGUAAGGUUCUGACUGGGCAGAUUUCCCACGAUAAAAUCUAUUAUGGGCAGAUCGUGCCAUUAAGCUACAGAAAAGUGAAUAGCAAAACAGUCCGACUUUACGCUAGACCAAAGUUCCCCGGAUUUGACCGGGGCUAAGGUUAUAUAUAUAGAAAAUAUCCGACUGGUGCAACAUAACUGACACAUCACUGUAUCAAAUUCAUCUGAAUGGAAUUGGAGCUGCACCAGUAACCUCUAGAGUCUCAUGUCACGACGAUUGGCGAGAUCGUUAACCACUAUACCAUAAGAUUAUAUUAAAUAAAAACAAAGAAAAAGAAGAAUUUCGUUCGUAGCGUGGUCGAUUCUGUCUAGAAACGUCUAGAAACGUCUGCUACAGGAAACGAA